ACUUUGUGCUCAGGAGCCUUCAGCAGCCGCCACACUGCUAAUAAUUGUCCUGCUGCCAUUCCUCGCUUUGUCCUGGCACAAAUGGUACCUCCGUUUGAUUGCUUGGAACGGUUCUCUCCUGGUACCUUACCUUACCCUUACCCCUUCAACUGUUAUUUCUUCUCCCAGCCUGGGCUGCUUCCCAGGACCUUUUUUUUUUUUUUUUUUUUUUUCUAUUAAUGCUGUAGGGUUUAUCUUAAUAUAUUUAUUUUGCUAAACAUUGACGUCAGUCAGACUUGCUGUUUUGCUUCUAAGGAUGCUAAGGUAUGAUACUAGUGAUAAACAGCCAGCAUUUUUGGUGGCAGAGUUGUCAAUAUGAGUUAGACCUCUAAGCUCCCGCUUGGCUGGAUUCAGCCACGUGCACCUGAGUGGUUCCCUUGUUGGUGACAAGGACUGGGUACAUCCCAGAGGCCUCUUAACAGCCAGUAUCUGGCUGGAGGUCCAUUUUCCGGUAGCUCGCCCACCUCACAACUAGUUAAGAUUUUUGGUGCAGGCAUGUGAAGUUUUAGUCUGCUGGCAACGUACAUUUGUCACGUUAAGAAGGGGGGUUAUUCGAACCCUUUAUAUUUGAUCAGCCUUGUCACAGUUUCCCAAGAAAGAUGAGACCCUUGUAGAUCUCCAUUGUAUUUCUAAAAUGGGAGUUUCUAAAUAGCUAAGAAGAAAAGUUUGCAAACCAGUGGUUUGUAGCCAGCACACCCUCGCCUAUUUUCUUCCCUGGGAAUACCGUGGGGCUGGCAGCAAGCCAUUUCGGCGCUGUUACCAGGUGCGACACCGCUGGCUUGUUUUCUGGCUGCGUUGCUCCAAAGGACACACGCUCAGCGUGAGGGCCGCUUGUGCAAGCCCGCUAUGGUUCCUCUUCGCUAAAGCUAUUGUGCAAAUAGAAAGUUUCUUAACUGCUGUCAGACGGAAAUCCGCCAACCAUUUGGCAUAUGACUAGUUGAAUGCUACCCAAAAUAACCAAGUGAGGCUGCUAGACUGUCGCAAUAGAACCCAUUUUACUGUCUCCUAUGGCAGAAAACCAGAACAGCAGCAGCAGGAUGAUACAGCAUUUAAAUUUAAAGUCAUUGUUCCCGAUCAUGUUCUUACCUCUGAUAUGGCUUUGUGAUGUGGCGGAGGAAGCAAAAAGGGGGAAGAGGCUUCUAUCCAGGUUUUCCCCCCCCAGUCUUCCUGUUGAAGCAUGAGAUAAAUGAGCAAAAAAGUUGCUUAAGGUUUGAUCCUGUAUUUAGCCAGUAGCUUUUAGAAAAGAGAAGACAUUAGGAGCAUUGUUCUCUGGAGUUUGGAUCUUUAACUUCAGUUUCCCUAAAGUUCUUGUGCUUGCCAGAACAGUCAGCUGGCACAAUCUCCUCACUAAGCAUCUAGGUGGUAUGAAGCUGGACCCCACACUGCCCAAAAUUUGAGCAACUUGUUGCAUAAGCUGCAAAGCUUUGGGAAGGGCUCCACACCUCGCUACCUGCCCUGCUGCCAAAGAGCGCUUCAGCGGCAGCUCCUCCAGCGGCACUGGCAGCCCUUCGCUGCCUUAAUCCCAGUCCUGCGCUGCCAGGGGUGUCGCUCAGGGCUGCGCAGUGAAGGCGCAUCCCAAGGCAACAUCUGAUCAGAAAAAAAUAACAAACCUGUGGAGCCUUCGCCUCCCUAAGCCGUCUUUGCAAGGGGCUGGCUGAAUCGCCUCAUUAAGGUGCUGGCAGUAGGUGGAAUCCAUUGUGAUAAGUUUUUAUUUUUAAUGGAGGCUGCCCCGAGGGAGGGUGGUACGGCUGCAGUGCUCACGCUGGGACUAGCUCGGGGGCACCGGGAGCCCUGCUGCAGAACGUGGACGGGUGGCAUGGGUCGGGACGAUGCCGGGCUCCCUCAUGUUAAAGGGAAGGGAGAUCACUAAACGCGCCCACACACCCCUCACUUGUGGGCAUUAUAUCAGAGGAAAAUAACAGUUACUUCACAGAGUGUAAAGGUUUCCACUUCCCCACGCAGGAAGGAAGUCCGCAGUGACACGGGGCAGCACAACCUCUUUGACUAAGCAGCCACAGCACCUCGAUGCGCUGCUGAUGCCAACUGUGCCACACUGUGAGCUAACCACACUGUUGCCAAACCCACGAAAUCCAUACAUGGUUCUCCACAUUCCUCAGCCUCUACUUCCCCUUGCACAGGAAGCAAGAUGCUCUAGGAUGUUCCCACCCUGCGUGAGCAUACAGCUCCACACAGAGAUGAAGAACAUGCUUUUCUCUUCCACCCUCUCCCACCCCUCCCUGACCAGCAGUUGACUUGGGAAAGAAGCACCGAGGCGUGGGUGAGGGGAGCAGGGAAGAUGCGUGCGAAAAACCCACAGGGCAUGACAGACCAUGAGUUGACACUGCUGGAAAUAACUAACUGCAAUAUAAUUUUAGGUUCUAACACAUUUGAAUCUAGAAGCAACGUACAACUUGCUGCUUCAGCCCUCUCCCAGACAAGCCCUGAGGGGCAGGAACCCAUCAGUACCAAACCUGGGGAAAACCAAGGCCCUGGUAUGCGGAAAGCACAAAGCAGAACGGGAAGGCAGCAGGUUUCUGCGCUGGUCUGCUUAAGAUUUACACCUGAGAUACUACCGUGGGUUUGCUCCUCAGCCUAAGAGGUACAGCUGCUCCCAUGCUCAUUUAAGAAUCAGCAACGUGGAAAAUAAUGCGGAUGGCAGACAGCAAAUCUGCAGCGAUGGUACUGAUAUCAUCUGCAAUUAGUCAAAGGGAAUUUCAUCAAAGAAAAGUAGGUGUGGGAAGGUGAAAUGCGCGACUUCUGCAAGGUACUUCCUUCUCUGAGAAGAGUUCGAAGAAUGAGAUGGUUUAUGUCCCCAAGGACAGGAUUUAUCCACACAGAAAGAGCAGAGACGUCACAAGCAUUUAGCAACCCCCCCCGACCUGCCUGCACGGGAAAACUCCCUCAUGGGCCCCUCCGACACAGCCCAAACCCGUGCAAGAGCGGCACUGCUGCCCCAGCGCCACAGAGGGCCAUCACCAUUUGGGUCACGUCGUUAUUGCUGUGUCUGUCCUUGCAUUUCCACUCAAAGGCACUGCUCAACUAUUGCAGCUGUUUGACUUCAGAAAAAAGGGAUUCAUUCUAGAGCUCAUUUUUAAUUGUCACUUAAAUCACAGAUUAUUAAUUAGCUGCAAGACUGGAUCAAAAAGUAGAGGGAAUAUUUAUGUAAGACGCCUGCACAGCUGAUAGGCCUGGCUGAGAGGAGCCAGUGGCUCAGCACGCGAGGCCAGGCAGGCCCUGGGAAGCCUCAUGUAGCUGAAGGGGUGAAAUAAGACCAUCAGGCUCAGAAAGAUUUUCUCAAGUGGUAAAGCAAUGUGGAGGAUUAUUCCCUCUGCCUGCGCAGAGGCAGACAAGUGCAUUUCCUGUUCAUAAACACCUGAUUUGUAUAGCGAAAUGGAUGUGACUUGCAGUUUUCAUCCAGCACCCAAAUCUGAGCCCACCUGGGUAAGAGAAGCUCCUCUGAGGGCCGGUGCUCAUCCCCCCUGGAGCUGAGCAGGUCUUGCACGGGUUCGGUUCUGCUCCCUUAAAUUGCACUUCCAGCACAAACCCACAUGCCCUGCAGAGAGGCAGUGAGCAAGUGGAAGGGGAUCUGUUUCAGAAGGAAAUCUGCCUGUGCCUUCCUACUUGCUCACACACGCCUCUCUCACGUGCCGCUUCUCCUCCACAAUUCCCAGAAUAAGAGGUUGCCUUCAAGAAAAAUACAGGCAUACGCAGAACGCACAUUGAAUAAAACAAAUGUCAGAAUAAUGCCAGCACAGCAUGUCGGUAGACAAACCAUUUUUGUACUGAAAAAUGCUUUUUUUUCACUUUAUCUCUUCCAGCUGCUGUUUCCUCUGAGAGCCAGCCGAGGAGAUGUGGUUUGACAGGCCCUGUGCUAGAACACUGCUGCGCUGUCUCCCCAGAGCAGGAGCCGAGGCCGAGGAGCAGCACAGCUGUAUUUAGUGAAGGAUGGAAUACUCGGGGAGAGACGGCUGCCUACGGGGACUCACCCCGAGCUGAAAGCAGGAGCAAGAAUCUUUCCGGAUAUGUCCAAAAUGCUUUUAAUUUCCUGUCUCUUCCACUAAACAAGUCAGGAUCUGUCUGAAAAACUGAUGACUUCAGGGCAAUUCCCAGAACCUGCUGUGGCAGGACAGUGUCUGGUCAGGCUAGGAAGGGAGCACAAACAACCUUGGGGUUUUCCAGCCCCCCAGGACAGGACAGCAGAGCCUCUGGGCUACUGCAAGAGUUUCCAGUCACUGGCAGUUACAAAAGAGUUGAGGGGGGGACGGGGCAGGGAAUAAAAAUCCAUAGUGGAAAAAGCAGAGUGGAUAGCAGAGCUCUACUCCUUGUGCAAUCUGCUGACUCCCCUUCUGCUGGCAUCCUGAAUCGAACCAGCUGCAAAGAGCCCAUCUUUCCAGGCAGCACUACAAACACUGAGGAAAUCUCCUGUUAUUUCCCCCCGCUUAGUUCAAAGCACACGAAAGGUACGAUCGCUCACUGCAGGAGCACUUGCAGCACGUGAGACCUCGUAUUCACACAUAAGGGAGCCCAACACAAAACCCUCCCCACCUGAGGAAACACCCGGCAAGACAUCGCGUUACAGGAGGAAAAAAAAAAAAAAAAAAAAGGUUUUAUAACCCUGUGGUCACGCCUGGCGCCUCCAGAGCUUCCCCGCGACGUUUGGGCAGGAGCGAAGCAGCGGGUGCCUUGGGACACCACCAUUCACAGCGUCUCGGCGUUAAAACAAGCAACUUCCAUCUUCGACUCCCCCCUCAGUAACAGGCUCGGCAGCUCCUGGUGCUGGUACAACGGGGGAAAACUUUACGGGUUUCACCGGGGAAAAGCGUCUCUGGCACAAGCCCCCUCCACCAGCUCCGCAAAGGGCAGCGGGGCGGGAUGAAACGAAUGUUGGAGUAACGCCAGCGCAGCACGCUGGUAGGAUAACCGCCACGGGCAGGAUAACCGCUGCGUGCUCCGGCGGGGCCGGGCAGGUCGUGGGGUGCCCCAGCCCACCCCGCUCCUGGUGCUAUAAAAGGUGGCAGCAGGAGGAACCGGUGGGACAGCAGUGCUGAGGAGGAGAGUGGGGAAAAGCAGGGAUGAGGAUUGUUAUUGGAAGCCUUCAUUUCUACUUCACCUCUUUCUUACUGAGUGGAGCAAAUGGAUUCCUAACCCUGAGAACACCUACAGCCUAUGCCUUCCCGGUUUAUAACUACUCCUAUUUAAACCUCUCUUCUGUAUCAGAAGCACAAGCUCCAAAAGCGGCAAAAGCUCUCAAUUUCUCACAUAAUGUAAUUGAAAAAAUAACCAAGAGAGACUUGGAAGGUUUUGACACGCUGGAAGUUUUAGACCUUUCCUACAAUCAGAUUAAGGACAUUGAACCCGGUGCCUUUGAGGGCCUGCUCAGCCUUGUUUCUGUGGAUUUAUCAUUUAACGAUCAGAGACUUGAAUCGCGUCUUCCACCCCAUCUGAAGCUCCUACCCACCAGCAAAGCCUCAGGGUCUUUGCAGCUUUACACAAACUCUGACAAACCCUCAGAGGCUGCUCUGCAGCCUCCUGCAUCUGCCGGGGGGCUGCCGGCGCCCGGAGGCCCACCCGUCCUGCCAAACGGUAACCUGAGGCUCAGGCGAAGCGCAGGGAACCUGCUCCGAAGAGCAGAGAAAAAUGUUACAGUCUCUCCAACGGCCACGGUAAGGCCUGGUUUCUGCGGAGAGCCAAUAAAUGGGACACUGGAUCUGUCACACAGCAAGCUCUCUGAGGAAGAGCUGAUGUUAAUGCUGGAUCCAGAUCUCUGCCAAGCUCAGCUGGACCGUAUUUUGGAGCUUGACAUUAGUCACAGUGAGCUGCAAAUGGACCUUCUGUCACUGUUCAUGCUGUUUCUGCCAAUGAAAAACGUGCGGUCCGUUGAUGUGAGUUACAACAAAUUAACAAUUAACAUUCUAGAUGUUGAGGCGAUCUGCAGCUUCCCAUUCAGCAAGCUUUUGUUUUUAAAUUUUAGCAACAAUCCCAUAAACAGCCUGGAUACGCUGUGCCUCCCUCCAACCAUCAAGAUAAUUGAUUUGUCCUUCACCAACAUAAGUAAAAUACCCCAGAAUUUUGCUAAAAAAAUGCCUCACUUAGAAAACAUGUAUGUUCAAGGAAAUCACUUCAUAUAUACUGUGCAUCCAGCGAUCACCAAUGCAGUUCCACAGCCCUGCCCCGGAACCGUACAUAUUAAUGCCAUUUCCUUUGUCAGAAACCAGGCUGGCACACCCAUUGAAAGCCUCCCGAAGAAAGCGAAACACCUGAAAAUGUCCAACUGCUCCAUUGUAGAACUGCCAGAGUGGUUUGCCAGCACAAUGGAAGAAUUACUAUUUUUGGAUCUCAGCAGCAACAGGAUUUCUGUGCUUCCUGACUUACCCACCUCCCUGCAGCACCUCGACGUAAGCAACAGCGAUAUUAAAAUAAUACCCCCUAGUUUUAAAUCCGUCUCCAACUUAACAAUACUUAACAUUCAAAAUAAUAAAAUUACGGAUAUGCAUCCAGAGUAUUUCCCACCGACUUUAACAAAAUGUGAUAUUAGUAAAAAUAAGUUGAACACAUUAUCAUUAAGUGACGCCCUGGAGAAACUCAAGUAUCUUAAUGUUUCUGGAAACCUCAUCGCCAGGCUGGAACCUGCCAGCCACCUUUCCGCGCUCACUAACCUGGACAGUAGUCACAACCUCAUCUCAGAAUUGCCUGAUCACUUUGGGAAAUCUCUUUCAACGCUGAAAUAUUUUAAUUUAUCAGGGAAUAAGAUCUCCUUUCUACAGCGUGGCUCUCUCCCAGCUUCUCUGAUCGAGUUAGACAUCAGUGACAAUGCCAUUACUACCAUAGGGGAGGGCACUUUUGGCCAGUUAACGAGCCUGAGUGUGCUGACUGUUCAAGGUAAGCAUUUUUUUUGUAACUGUGACUUGUACUGGUUCGUGAACGUCUACCUCCACAAGCCCCAUUUGCAGAUAAAUGGCAGAGGGCAUCUCAGGUGCAGCUUUCCACCAGACAGGAGGGGCUCGUCAGUGGAGAGCAGUAACCUCACGCUUCUGCGCUGCUCCCUGGGCAUCCAGAUGGCCGUUACCGCCUGCGUUGCCACCCUGGUCGUUUUGGUGGUAACAGGCUUAUGCUGGCGGUUCGACGGGCUUUGGUACCUGAGAAUGGGCUGGUACUGGUGUAUGGCGAAGAGGAAGCAGUACGAGAAGAGGCCAGAAAACAAGCCCUUUGAUGCCUUCAUUUCAUACAGUGAACACGAUGCAAACUGGACCAAAGAGAAUCUGCUGGGUAAACUGGAAGCUGACGGAUUCAAGAUAUGUUACCACGAGAGGGAUUUCAAGCCGGGGCAUCCUGUACUCGGUAACAUUUUUUACUGCAUAGAGAACAGCCAUAAAGUCCUUUUUGUUCUCUCUCCCAGUUUUGUAAACAGCUGCUGGUGUCAGUAUGAGCUGUAUUUUGCUGAACACCGGGUCCUGAAUGAAAAUCAGGACUCCCUCAUCAUGGUCGUGCUGGACGACCUCCCGCCCAACAGCGUGCCGCAGAAGUUCAGCAAACUCAGGAAACUGCUGAAGAGGAAAACCUACCUGAAGUGGAGCCCUGAGGAACACAAACAGAAAAUGUUCUGGCAUCAGCUAACAGCUGUCUUAAAAACAACCAACGACCAACUCGUGAGAGCAGAAAACGGAUCCACUCAGAUGUAUGAGAUGGAAUGAAACACAAGAACAUGUAAAUGUUGUGCCGGGAAAGCCCGAGGUCAAAUAAAAGCAUUCCUGUGUUUACCUCCUGCCUUCGCUGUGUUGCAGUGGGGGUUUCUCUCAGAUCAGUCCCAGGAGAGGUUACCCGUGGGUUCAUAACACACGCGUUAUUCUGUCUGAUAAAAGAAUCCAUUAUCCAAAGAGCUGAGCCCCCAGCACUGAUAAACAUCCUUUUCUUCCUGGGCGCUUCAUGCUCUUCAGCUAUUCACAGCGUUUCUUAAAAUGCUGUGGGUGUCACCUGAAGGGAAGAACAGCUCGAGUCACGCCACAUGUCCUAACUGUCUUCUUGAGACUGCUGCACUGCAAAGCAGUGCCGUUCAAAGGUAAAGCUCUAGUUCCAAUUCUCAGUUCUAGUACGGCUUAAGACGGGACACACAUAGCGUACACGUAAGAAAAACACAAACUAUGGCAGUACACGGGUAACAGCUUCUUUCUGUGGUUUAGCGAGAAAAGAUUACAGAUUUACUUUACGUAGCCAUCUGAGAUGCAACUGCAAAUCCACACUGCUCCGUGACUUGGUUUAAACAACCAGUGGAAAAGAUCAGACUCAAAGAUCUCUUAUAAUCACAGAUUUAACAUACACAACCAAACCAUCAAAAAAGAGCCAGCCGACCGUGUUGGUCUCCACCAUUAAAUAAUUGGUGUGAGCUUUAUUGAAGUGCCGUUAUCGUAAAAUCUCUGAAGAAUAAGCAGGAAAGUUCUGUAUAUUAUUAUUUAUGUUUAGGAAAGUUUCACUUGACACAAUCGCCCUGACCCAUUUCGAGUGAAUUCAGUGCUACCUCUGCAGAGCCCUCGUCAUCACCUACUGCCUGUUAAUAAUUUAAUUUAUUCUAUUUGAAAAGGAAAAAAAAUAAAUCAGCUGAUCUGAUUUUCACAUUCAAGGAAAAUCAACAGACCGUGAUGGAAAAUAAAUGCCAGGUGAGAACAAAUCAUUUAGCAUAGCACAAUCUGGACUUGCCCAUAAGAUGAGCAAACCCAAACGACUUACCAGCAGCAGCUCAGACCCAGGAACGCGGAAUGUCACUGCACAACAUAGGGGACAGCACCUCUGAAAUGCAGACUCUGAGAAGGAAUUAGCUCUGCUGUGACAAAAUGAAGAGUAGCACCAACCUUUCUGGUGCCAGAAGGGGAAACAUGAGGCUACCAUAGGGAGAUACCCACAACACAACUUUGCCAUAGUGUCUUUUGGAAAGGAGAAGGCCCAGCUGGAGCAGUAUGUGAUUUUCACCCUCCCCAGCCCCACCCUGCAGCACACAGCACGUUUGGCUCUGGCGACCAAGGUUCAGGGACGGCUCUUGCGAUGAACGGAAGCGUUUCCCUGAUAUUAAACAUAACCCCAUUUUCAGCAGGAAUUGACAACACCCCGUUGUCAGCAUUUAAUCGCACAUAACAAAUGACAGCUUUAAGUCAAUUUGCCAGUACUGACUGAACUUAAGGAUACUGCGCGUGGUGUAUCCAUGAAGCGCAGUGCUUGAGGUUGAUUUGAAUAGCUCUUUGGUUAUUGCCAAAGAAACCUGCGUCAAUUGCACUGCAGGGUAGAAUCAGGGCUCACAAACCCGAGGCGCUUUGAACUGCCUCUUCAUCCUUUGUCCCAUGGUGCUGACUCUCUCCAGUUUUCCACCAGCACGAAUUAGGAGGAGGAGAGCAGGACUUGCCCUCCUCUACCAUCUGCAUUUAGGGAGAGCUCUCUUUGCACCCUGUGCAAAGCCACCUCUCCGCAGUUAGCGCAAGGAGUCAUGCACUGUUGUGGAAAAAGAAUUAUUUUCCUGUUCUCUAAACUGCUGUCAGCCUGUCAGCCAGCUACGUGGUGAAAGAGAGAGCUGGGGCCUUUUUUCCUGCUACGUGCAGCUCGAGCAGAAUUGCUUACCAGCGCUGAGUGGAAGAACCACUUAUGUAAUCCUCCACCCACCCGUGGCAUCGGUGCAAAUACACUCCUCUUAAAUACUUAAAAAAAAAAUAAAAAUCAGAAAAAUAAAUAAUUCAAAACAGAUAGAAGACAAACCUAGAAAACACCCGCAGGACUCCACCUUAAUCGCUGCAAGUCUAUUCUAUUAUUUUAAGACACUGUCCCCCCUGCCUUCUCCUUGUUUCCACCGUGAGCGCCUCGUGCUGCUCUCCAUAGCCCUGCUUCACUACCUCGUGCAGGAAGGUGAAGAGAUCGCAGUUCAGGAGUCCCUUUACUUUUCAUUCCCAGUGCUGCAGGCAGAAGGGUGAUGGAGAUUACAAGGGGAAUAACUUUCAGUGUUUUCCUAACAAGCGACAAAUUACGUACCUGACCGAUACAUACCACAAACCCCCGCGAAACCAUCAGGCGCUGACCGUUCUUGACUGUUGUCUGUCCAGUUUUUGCAUCUCGCCCUCCCCAGCUUGCUGAAGCCUUACUGUGACGGCGGACUGGCUCUGAGACUUACCAGAAAAUGCACGCAGAAAUCUCUCUAGUCUAAAAAGUUCUGAGGUGAUGUCCAACUGUUGAAUGUUCUCCAGCAACUUUCUGAGAUCAUAUAGAUCUUGUUUAAAGUUAUUUAGCAAAAGCAGCUUUCAGGUUUUAUGCAUAAAGGAUAGAAAAUACAAUACCGCAGGCCACCAGCUGAAAAAGUCAGCCCUUACCACCAUAAAGCAAGACCUAGGACUUGAAAAGACUGUGAAUUAUAAAAGCUUUUUUCACAUCAACAACCACAAGUCACUUGUUAGUGGGAUCAGCCCCAAGUAAUGAAUCCGCUGUUUUUAUAAUAAACUUCUUUAUGCUUUCUUUGAGGCCACUCCUUGUUUCGUGAGAUACCCCGGUCAAACUCUUAGUAGUACACCUAACACUGCAAACACAGAUUUUUCAGUAAUUAAGCAAAACCAGUCCUCGGGCUGAGUAUCGUGACAGCAGUCAACACCAGCAACUUCAAAAGCAGCUGAGAAGCACGCUGAAAACAGGUUGGAAAAUGUAUUCCACCACGAUGGGUUCAUCCUAACCCCCGAAAUCAAAGAUUACUUUAAUUCCCGGAGUACAAAAUUUUACACGUAUUCCAAAAUGUGUUGUCAUUAACUGUCUGGCUCCAGAUACUUGUAUUACCCACGGUGAAUGGCUGUCACACCUUCCCAGUUUUUCCUAAACACUUCUGCAGCGAUGAGGUCCGCAGCGUGUUAACGGACAGCAAGGGAAGUGCAGCACUUCACAAGUCCUGGAUUUGCCACCGUUCAGAUGUGUGAGGUGCUCUCUUGUUCUCGUGUUACAGACUGCACAAACCUACUUUUCCCAGACCAUUCAGCACUGACGUACUUCCAUUGCUUACUCUCUUGCCCAUCUCCUCUCCUCACCUACAUUUUCCAUCUCCUUCAUGCAGCCCUGUUGCUUCCCCUCUCAAUUAGACUGCUGCUUUUUUAACCUCACAGUCACGCUUCACUGGCUCUGGCACCCAGAGGAGUUCUGAUACAACGAGGGGGCUAAAGGGAAAAAGAAAAGUUAUAUUCCAGAAGAGUCUAAAAAGAUUAUUUUCUCAUAUGAUAAUCAAUUACUUCAUGAUUCACUUUAAAGAAAUUGUACCUACAUUGGUACCUAUUUUCAAAAUCCCACCUCUAUUCACCACAUCCUUAAACCUGUCCUUAACCAGUUACUCAGUACAACGGACAACCUAAAUCAGGUUUUGUUCCUACUACAGAUUAAAAGGCACUGCACUCUCCUACCUGACGCUACAAACACAUUAACACACGGGUUGUAUUACGAAUACAGCCGGCACCGGGAGGUAACAGAAGAGUAAUACCACAAAGCGCUUUGAAGGGUCUUCCGUUGUUUUGUCUUAGUGCUACAUCACGAGGGCAGUAAAACCUCCUUCUGUCCUACAGCUGCAUCCUUCUUGCUUUACUCUCACACGAGUACUCAAUGCAAAUUACUUUUAUGAGUACGGUGCGCGGGAUUUAAUCUUCCACCAUGUGACAAAGUUCACGUGACCCAAACGGCAAGCACAGUGGGAGUCCUGCGCACGUGCGGCAAACCCCAAAACUGCUUAAUGUUAAACCCAGCCUUAAUGCAUAUCUUCACCUCCCUGAACGUACACACAGGACCCCGUCUCGCAACCACUCCU